AUGUGGAGGAGGAUCGACCAUCAACCCAAGAUCAAAGCAGGGGAUGAACCCCAGGUGGGCCAGCUCAAAGUUCUGGGUUCAGCUCGGGAAACUGCCAUGCCAAACCCUCUAGAUCUGUCAGAAUUUCAGAGCUUACCAGUGUUCGAGGACAUUAGCCAUCACAUCAAAGAAGUGGGAGGCCAACUGGUGAAGAAAGUCAAUGCCAUCUUUCAGCUGGACAUCACCAAAGAUGGUAAGAUCAUUCUGCAGUGGACCAUUGACCUGAAGAAUGGUUCUGGGGACAUGUAUCCGGGAUCUUCCAGGCUUCCAGCUGACACUGUCUUCACAAUUCCAGAGUCUGUCUUUAUGGAGUUAGUUUUGGGCAAAAUGAAUCCACAGAAGGCUUUCCUGGCUGGCAAGUUCAAAGUGAGUGGCAAAGUUCUGCUUGGCCAGAAGCUGGAGAGAGUUUUCAAGGACUGGGCUAAAUUUUAA